AUGGACCAAAUGCUCUCCUCCUUAGACCCCCCUACCGGCUUCUCCACUGGACAACCCACCGCUCCGCUCGAAGCCGCCCCAGUCCCAAUUGUGCCUGCCGGGCCACGUCAGCCAACGUUGCAGACCGAUACCAUCUGCACUACUCUCAAUGAGCCUACAAGAGAAAGACCAGGAAUCAUGAGACGGUUCAUGGCUCGCUUCAAGCGGUCUUAUGGCCACCAGGCAGAUUCGGCACCACCAAUACCCAGUCUUCCCCCAUUAGAACCCAUCGAUCUGAGUAUGUCGAAACCGGGGACUGCAGGGCACUCUUCCAAGCACAGCAUUGAUGAAGACCGGCUUGCGGCAAGACUCUUCUUCCAUGGCGAUGAAACGAUCGCCCCCAAGUCCGAGGCAGCUGCUUGGCUCGGCGGUGAAGGUAUGAUGUUUUUCUGCCAGCUUGCUCAGUCACGAUACUCUUCUCACAUAACAAUAGGUGCCGCCCGGGACCGUGUACGCAAAGCCUUCAUGGAAAGUUUCGAAUUGCAUCAGACCUCUAUCCUUUUCGCCCUGCGUGAGCUCUGCAGCCGUCUUUAUCUCAAAGCGGAAUCGCAACAUGUCAAUCGCAUAGUGGAAGCUUUUGCUGAAAGAUAUUAUACCUCCAAUUUGCCAUGUGGAUACAGACAUCCAGACGUCGUGCAUGCAAUAGUAUACUCUAUCCUCAUGCUCAACACUGACCUCCACGCGAACGAAGUCGGCAAUAAGAUGACCAAGAACGAAUAUCUGAAGAACACCCUCCCAACGAUCCGCAGCGCCGCAUUGAACGCUGCGCCCGAGACCUUCAAGAAUGUGUCGGAGGGAUUCGACUCUCCAAUCUCGCCCCGGCCCAAAUUGCAUUCAAGGCGUACUUCAGUCGAUGAACGGCGAUCUUUCGACCGCGAACGGCCAAAGCAAAGACUGUCUAGGUUUAUUUCUGACAACAGCAUGUCGUCCUCGAAGCCCCAACUAUCUAGAACUUGGACUGCUACAACCCUCCAUUCGAACGCCGCCAGCGCCUCAAAAUCCCGACUGAACUCUAGCCAAGUCGGUGAUUUGGUGUUGAGCCCUUCCUUGGCUGUCACACAGCGUACAUGGGAGUAUGAAGUUGAAAAUAUAUUGAAGGAGAUAUACAACAGUGUCCGCCAGGAACCACUUCCGUUGUUCAGUACGGUGGAUCAACGCAAUGGGGUAGACACGCCCCCACUAUCAGCGCAUAGUCUCGCACCGUCUGAAGCGUUUCCGAAGCGGCAGCCAAGUUCAAUCAGCCUUGAUCAUUCGAGAUUCCUCAGAGAAAGCUCAAGGCCACAGAUGUAUACGAGGGAACGUAGCUCAACGAGCCGUCUCGGGAUUCCUCGAAGACACUCAAGAGCAAGGUCAACCCCACGCAGCCAGCGUUCUUCGAUCGACGAACAGUCGUCGAUAACAUCCCCGUCAAGUAUAAGCGCUUGGAGUAACAGCUCGCAUUUAAGCAAACUGCCUGACAGGGGCUCUUGUGUGACAUGCGCUAAGAAGGAGAACCAACCAGCUAUUGGCUUUGCAAAUGCAGUCAGCCAAGCUAUCAUUCGUGAAGAGGCUGCGCCUUGCGAAAGCGACGAUGGUAGUCUAGAUGGAGCCCCUCUUCUUGAAGAUGAUAGCCUUGGUCUUGCGGGAGCACCAUGGGCAAAAGAGGGCAUCCUACAUCAUAAACACGUGAAGCUUAGUGAAAAUAAGAAAGCAUUCAACAGGAGCUGGGAAGAAGCUUUCGCAGUCAUCGAAAAGGGUCGUCUACUUCUCUUUGACUUCAAAACUAUGGGAGCAAAGAAGGCUUCACAGGUUCCGAGGGGCACUGUAGUAGGGGGAGGCAAUUGGGCGGAGAACACGCAGCCUCUGGCAACUUUCGUUCUAAGGUACUCUUAUGCGGCGGUCCUACCGUCGCAAGUGAUUUCAAGAUCGCGACCUUACAUCUGGGCGCUUACCGAAGCUACGGGCUCUCUCCACCACUUCCAAGCGGGUACGCCUGAAAUUGUCCAGGAAUUUGUUACGACUGCCAAUUACUGGAGCGCUCGUCUUUCGCAAGUACCAUACGGGAUGCCUGCGACCAAUCUUGAAUUCGGCUGGUCUAGAAGAGCACUCUACACGCGUCCAACGCGGCCAUCAAGUAAACAUUCGAGAUCUGCCUCAAUCUCUAGUCCCCGACCAAGCACAGUUGGCUCCUCUCGAUAUGACAAAGUGGAAGGCCGGGCGUCAACUGAGAAGUCAGACCGUGGCAUCUUCGUCUGCGAAUGGGAAAUCCCACGUCUACCGGCCUUUCCCAGCAAGUUGAUGGAAGUGGAUCAAAAGAAUGCUAUGGCUCGAUAUCUGAAAUCUGCAAGAGAAGAGCUCCAAAAACACAACGAGCUAUGGACGCCGAUAUGUCACGCCUACUUACCCAACGAUCCCAAAUUAAAGAAGACACAGACUAAUUGGCACAAGAAAGCGAAUUGGCUAGCUAACGAAACAUGGAAAUUCACCAUGUUCAUCGAAUCCUUGGACAAUGCGGAGAAGGCAAAGGAAAAGGUUUAUGCUGAAAGAGAAAAGACUUGA